GUCCCGGUAGGUGCCCGACGCACUACACUAUGUCCUGCACUGAGCGUCUUCCGCUCCUCGUGUUCCAGUCCUCCAGUCAAAACAGACCAUGUGGAUCCUCACCAUUCUUACUUUGCUCCUGCUUUUCUUCUUCAAGUCAGGCCUGGCUCUACAGAUUCGGUGCUAUCAAUGCGAGGAGGUCACUCACGACUGCACCACCCCAGAGUUCGUGGUCAACUGCACCAUCAACGUGCAGGACAUGUGCCAGAACGAGGUGCUGGUGAAGGCAGAUGGAAUACACUACCGCAAGUCUUGCGCCUCCUCGGGAGCUUGUCUCAUCGCUUCCUCCGGCUACCAGCAGUUCUGCACGGGCAAGAUGAACUCAGUGUGCAUCACCUGCUGUAACACGUCACUGUGCAAUGGACCACGCCACAAGAAAAGGCCCCAAGCGUCUGCUUCCGUUAGCCUGACCGCGCCAUAUUUCACAGUUUUUGCACUCUUUUUCUUGCUCUCUUCACUCAACGCCAACAGUGGACUGUUUUAACAGGGGGUAAAAAAAAUACUCCAAGCCAACAUGAAUAUUGUUUAAAUGUACGUGUGAAGCUUUGUGUCACAGCUUGCAUUUAAAUGUUAAGUUUUAUCGUCAUGAGCUAAGAUUUUAAGGCAUCUUCAUAAAAUAGAUGAUAAACGACUGAAACAAAUACUCACUGUGAAAUGUACACAAUCUUGAGGUUUAAACCAUAAACACCACGCAUUUUACCAGCUAAAGAACAGACAAAAGACAAACGCAAACUAUGACUUUAAACAACAAGUUCACCUGAGCCAAGAAGUGGAUGGUUUUGGACCGGCCAAAUCAAUCUCCAGACUAAAACCCUAUAGAAGGUGAAGUUUAACUGUUAAAGAGACUGAAAAGAGUAAGCCCCCAAAAUAAUCAGCGAGAUAAUGAUCCAAAAUGACAGAGAAGUUUA